GAAGAUGGUGUUCCUAUUGUUGUAUUCCACGGAUAGAAUUGAAUUUAUUCAAUAUUUUUAGCAAGAAAAUGAUUGUUACCGUGUUUUAAGUACUUAGUUUACAUUCAACAGGAUAUAUAUCGUUUCUGUAAUUAAUUUUAUUUACGGGGUCAGGGAAAACUAGCUUAUUGCCGCGCAAUUCACUUUCUUUCGAUUGAUCCCAUUAUAAGUAUUGUAAUUUUAAAGAAAAACAGUUCACUUUUAUUGUUUUAUCAUCAAUUUCUAUGGUUUACAAGUAAUCAUAUUAUAAGUUAUACAUAACUUGACAAUGAGACAUUACAUCGUUUCUAACUUGUUACGUUAAGUUUGUAUGCGUCGAAUCUUGUAAAGUAAUUAACUGGAAAAUUGAAAAAAUUUGGCAAGAAUAUUUUGUUCAGCUUUGGAUAUUCAGGAUUUGCCUACUGUUCAGAGUCUCAUAAUGCAGGGUGAUGAUCCUCCUUUCCUACCAGUGGGUACGGAUGUGAGCGCAAAGUACAAAGGUGCAUUCUGUGAGGCCAAAAUUAAGAAAGUUGUGCGUAACAUUAAAUGCAAGGUGACAUUAAAAGCUGGUGGUAUUACCACUGUCAAUGAUGAUGUCAUCAAGGGCACUCUGAGGGUCGGGAGCACUGUGGAAGUUAAACAGGACCCCAAGAAAGAAGCCAUGGAAGCCGUUAUUACGAAAAUACAGGACUGUAGCCAAUACACUGUCGUAUUUGAUGAUGGCGACAUUACAACAUUACGACGUUCAGCGCUGUGCCUUAAGAGCGGGAGACAUUUUAAUGAAAGUGAAACCUUGGACCAACUGCCUCUUACACAUCCAGAACAUUUCUCUACACCAGUUAUAGCCGGGAGGAGAGGUCGGAGAGGAAGAGCGCAGUCAGAUGAAAGUGACGGUGAGGGUACUACCCCAGUGAAAGCGGAUAGUGCUGAACGUGAACCCCACGUAGGCCGUGUGGUGCUGGUGGAAGCGGCGAGCGGUGCUGAGAGACGUCGACCUCACCAGCCGGCCUUCCCAGCACUCGUGGUGGCCCCGACGGCACAGAUCAAAGUCAAAGAGGACUACCUCGUCAGAUCCUUCAAGGAUGGAAGAUACUACACGGUGCCGAAGAAGGAGGCUCGUGAAUUCCGCAAGGGCGCAGCACCCCUGGAGUGGUGCGGAGUGGAGGCGGCGCUGCAGUACUUGGCCCACGGCGACCUACCGCCUCACUGGGACCGGGACGCCCUCUUCAACGAGCCCAGGAACACCUCUGAUGAUAGCUCAGACGACGAACCGCGUGAAGAGAAGGAUCACUUUGUAGCGCAGCUGUACAAGUUCAUGGACGACCGAGGCACACCACUCAACAGGAACCCCACCAUCGCCAACAGAGACAUUGAUUUAUAUAGGCUGUUCAGAGUGGUUCAAAAACUAGGCGGCUACAACCGCGUCACGAACCAAAACCAAUGGAAGACUAUAGCAGACAAAAUGGGUUUCCACCCGGUCACCACCAGCAUCACUAACCUGUGCAAGCAGGCUUAUAAAAAGUUUCUCCAUAGCUUCGAAGAUUUCUACCGCAAGCUGGGUGUGACGCUAGUGGCUCACCCUCGCGGCGCGCGCACUCCUCCCGCCGGCCGAUCCCUCAUCAGGGACCGCGACAAACUACCGCCCUCCGCCGCCUCGCCCGCCUCGACUACUUCAUCCACACCCAGCACGCCCAGCCAGCGCAAAGACAAAGACUCGGACAAAAGCGAGACGGAAAAGAGCGAUAAGAGCGACAAGAGCGACAAGAGUGAGAAGAGUGAGAGGGAAGAUAAAGUAGAGAAACAGGAGAAGAAGGAGAAACCUCGCGCGAGCGACGAGGAUGACAGCGCGGAUAACCAGCCGCUGAUAACCACUACACCCAAAAUCGAAAAGGACAAGGAGAAAGAGAAGGAAAAAGAGAAAGAGAAAGAAAAGGAUCGAGAAAAAGAAAAAGAUAUAGAAAAGGAUAAAGAAAAAGAGAAAAGUGUACCAAGUGAAGAUAAGAGCACAGUGAAGCCCAGAUCACAAUCCAAGACGCGGAGUCUGCCGCCGGUCAAGAGCGAGUCCCACGAAAAGAGAACUACGAAGAGAAAAACUAUAUCCUCUAAAUUAGGUGAGAGCAGCGGCAAUACAUUAAGAGCCUCUCGCCGACCUCACGUGUCCACCGACAGCGACAGUUCCGGGCGAGCCUCAAGAUGUGGCCCAACAAAGAAGAUGCAAAGUCGUCGCAGUCAGAGCGCCAAUUCAGCGAGCAGCGGCAACACUAUCGCAUCAAACAGCAGCAAGAGACCCCGGAAAAGGAAGAACACUGAAUCAUCAAACAACGAACCAGCCAGAUCGGUUGGUGCCAGUGUGAAAGCUCAAGUCGGUGACAAACUUAAAGUAUACUACGGUCCCACGCAAUCUGAAUCAAAGGUAACCUAUGAGGCUAAGGUCAUAGAAAUAUCAUCUGAGGGCAUGCUCCGCGUUCACUACACGGGCUGGAACACCCGCUAUGAUGAAUGGAUCAAACCGCAGAGGAUUGCUCUGAACGUCACACAACAUGAUCAGAGAAACAAGAAGGGAACUAAUCUAAGCAGACGCUCUCGAAGCAAACGAACAGAGGUUAUGUUUUCAGAAUCAUCCGCGCGCUCCGACAGCGACACGGAUUCUGACAGCGACGAGAGCGUUAAGAGACCAUCAAAGAAAUCUGAAGACAAAUCUAUAACUAAAACACCUUCGAGAACCAAAGACACGAAAUCAAGCGACAGCAGCAGUUCCAGCAAAUCGAGGAAGAGACCGAUGAGGACUGUAUCGACUCCAGUGAUCACGUCUCCCGCCAAGAAACCAAGGAUCGGCGUCUCCAGCCAGCACCAGGGACGAGACUACGACCUGAACGAGAUAAGAUCAGAACUGAAAGGACUUCAUUCAGUGAAACAAGAAGCAGAUGACGCUGGUAAAGCUGAUAUAGCGCAGGACUCUAUAAUGAAUCCGAUAACUCAGCCGCCAGAGGUCCCCGAGAAGCAGGCGGAGGACGUCUACGAGUUCAAAGAACCGGAACCCUUCGAGCUCGAGUUGCACGACGAGAAGAAGAAGCGAACUCAUCGCAUUUUCGAUGACAUCUCGCCCAGUAAAUACACAUCCACGCUGUCGAAGUCGCUGAGCGAGGAAAUAUCUGAGGAGCCGUUGAGGGCCAGGCCGUCCUCGUUCAGAUCACCGUCCCUAUCGCCGUUUAGAGAUUUCGGGUCGAGUCGAGACGUUCCCAGCAGGCAGAGCCCGGAAGAUGAUUCCAAUAAUGCUCUUUUCUCCCUCGACGAUGAUUCUUUCCCUGGGGAAGGCAGUUCGGGGCCGAUCUUCGAAGGUUUCACCCCGGCGAAGAACCAAGAGACGUAUUCUAAGAAAAGCAAGGUGUCCAAACUUCGGCAAUUGAUUGACGACUCACCGGACAGCCCGGCCGACGACGAGCAGUCCUCAGACGAUGAACCCGAACCGGUCGUCAAGGAAGAGAGGCAGCCCAGCCCUGUCCUGAAAGUAACGGAAACAGUGAAACAGACGGAAGCGAACAAGGUGAUUAAAGAGGAAAUAAAAACUCCAGAAACAAAAAAAGAACAAGUGACAGUUGUGAAAGAAAUCCCACUAGCACAGAGUAUCCCAGAACCGCCAGGUACACCACCGCCGAAACCCAAACCAGAAGCUGCCAAACCGAAAUUGGAACUUCCAAGCCUGAUCAUAACGGCUGCCACAUCAAAAGAUAAAGAAGACAAGAAGAUUGAGAAAAUAAUAAAGGAGGAAGUAAACGAAAAAAUUGUCAAGGAAACGAUCAUGAAUAUACCGUUACCGGAACCCAAGGAGCUGCCGGAAAUAAAAGUGGAUCCUGAAUUAUCCUCAAUCAUGGAACCACCCUCGAGCCCUCUGAUAGAUACGGAGGAAGACAAGUCCGAACCAGACAGUCCGGCGAGGAUCGACGUUCUUCCUGAACCACCUCCGGGAUUCCUGCUACAAUCUGAAGGACCUAAAAUAGCCGAGAAACUACUUAAAGCCAUCAACAGCGCCAAAAGACUAUCGAUCUCGCCGCCUCCUGUGGACGACAGACCCGACACGCCCAAGAAAGAUGUUGUUAUAGAAGAUAAAAUAUCACCCAUACUUGAGAAACGGCCUCCAAGCAAACCGGAGCUAAUGAAACCCUUGAAGCUUGAUCCCGUCAAACGAUCGUCUCCGGCCGAAGCUACCGACUCUAUAUUCGGCGAGCCGUCCAACCUGACGGACUUGAAACGAGAUCUAUCAGACAUCAAGAAGAUCAAACCCAAAGAAAACACGCCGCCUCGCUUACAGAGUCCACUUAACAUAUUGGAAAGGAGGAAAAGCGUCGCCGACCUGCCGUUGAGCGCUCCCGGGAAGAAUAAGGUUCUCAGCGACACUAUACAGAAACUCUCGAGUCAAAUCAACCAGUCGGUGGCUGCGGCCAGCAUACCGCUACCGCCGUUCCCACCCGAGGAUAGAAGCGAGUCCAGCGACUCCGACGACUCCGACAGAAGGUUGAUAAUCGACAAGCUGUCGGUGGAGGAGUGGGCUGGUUCUAGUGGCGGCGGGGGCGGCAGCGGCGUCACCACCAACGUACCACUGGCGAGGACCCAGACCGCCAUGAGGGCGCUUCACGCGGGGAAGUCCCCGGGCGAGUGGAGUGCCGGCGAGUCGCUGCUUAUGCUCGAAGACGCUUGCAAAAACGAGCGGAAACACAGCGCAAGCGUGGUGGUGGCGGGUGGUACGCGGCCCUCGGGUUCCGCGUCUACCCCGGUGGUGGGCCCGGAGGAAGACAGCUGUGCCUUACUACUCUGCGAGGAGACCAUCCCGGGGUCACCCGCGCCGGACACCGAGCCUGCGCCCCCAACACGAGCCCUCCACCUACCCUUCGCCUGCACCCCUCAACACCACCCGCAGAAUACACACUCCCAUAAAGCGGAGGAGCGCCGAGGGUCGGGCGGGUCAGGGUCAAGUGGUGCUGGUGUGUCAGGAGUGUCCGGUGUGUCAGGUGUGUCGGGAGUGUCGGGAGUGUCAGGCACCGCCGGGGACGAAUGGUCCCGCCGACGAGCGCUCCUCGACAACACGCCCCCCACCACGCCGGAUAGCAGCCUCGACCUGUCGCCGAGGGAGCGACGCAUUUCGGAGACGAGUCCGUCUGACAGAAAGGAGGACGACGAAGACGCCCCGGUACAAGACCCCUGCGCCGCGGACAUCGACAAACCUCAUAGCAGUGGUCGCUGUCGCAAGGCGUCGGAGUCGUCGGGCCGCACGAGGACGAGGCGGAGACGCGACACAGACGACGCCCACGCGCCGCCGGCACUCAAAUACAACUUCUAUGUGGACCUCGAUCCGUCGUGGGAUUGUCAGACCCGUAUAAACGUUCUGUCGACGCGGCUGUCCGACCUGCGCAAGGCUUACCACUCGGUGAAGGCGGAGCUGGCGGCCAUCGACAGGCGGAGGAAGAAACUACGGCGGAAGGAACGGGAAGCCAUAAAAGCAGCCAAAGCGGCAUGUUCCUGAUGAAGAAUGCUUUAAGUCUGCUGUGCAGAUGAUCUCUGAUUAUAUCCAAUCAUAACGGACUGGGCUCAUUCGUUUUAGAAUGGGGCAAUAACUUGGAUAUCAUAGCUUCUAUUGAAGAUUUUUACAAAUGUGUUAAAAGUAUGUCAAUCUGUAGAAGAAAAGUUAUCUUAGAUACUAGAAUAAAUAAAGAUUGUCAACAAAAUAAAAAUAUAAAACCGAGAGAUUGAUACAGACAGCAAUCUGAAAUGCCUUUACUGGAAACACACGGGUGUGUGGGGGAAAUGUGUUAUGUGAGUUGUAUGAUAGUUUGUGCCUCAAGAGACGGCUAUAGUAACAAUAAUAUAACUUUGACACAGCUUUUAAUUACUUAAUGAUGCAUAGAAAUUAAUUAUAUUUAGAUUAAAUUAUGUUUCCACUAAUUCUACCAACAAUAUUAUACACACAGAGUAUGUCAUAGAACCUAAUAAAAAUAUAGUGUUUAUUUAUAUGAUAAUUAAUGCAUUUAUAAAUAGACGACGCGAUGAUUACUCUCCGAUAAAAUAAUUACUACAAUUAAAACACUUGUAAAUGAAAAAUACAUUAGAAAUUGUAAUGUGUUUUGAUUGAUAAGAUAUUGUGAGGUGAAAAAAAAAAGUUGUAGAUACAUUUGUACGUAUUGUUUGCAAACUUAGCUUAAGAGGUGUUGAAUAAAACAUUUUUUUUUUUU